AUGCAUCUCAACACCCUCCUCCUCCCCCUCCUGGGGAGCCUAACAACCCUCACCACCGCCUCCCAACAACCACCCGACCAACAACAACAAGAACCCACCACCGGCACCGGCACCACGACACUCACCCUCCGCAUCCCCGCCUCCGGCCCCUCCCUCCCCAACCCGCACCUCCUCCCGGCCUCGACGCGCGCCACGCUCACCACCCUCGGCGGCGCGCUCUCGGCACCUCUGUCCGUCGCCAACACCUUCGUCUUCCGCAACGUCAGCGCCGGCUCCUACCUCGCCGACGUCCACUGCGCGACCCACGCGUUCGCGCCGCUGCGCGUGGAUGUGGUUGGUGCUUCCGGGGAGGGUGGGAAGGGGAAGGGUAAAGGGGGGGUGCGGGCGUGGGAGACGUUUCGCGGGAAUGACUGGGCGAAUACGGGGGAGGGGGCGCCCGUGGGGGAGGUUGAUGGGGGCGUGCUGGUGGAGGUGCGGGUUCUGGGGGGGAAGGGGUAUUUUAUGGAGAGGAGUAGCUUCUCGGUGUUGACCAUCUUCAAGAACCCGAUGAUCUUACUCGGGUUGGUGAGCAUGGCGCUGUUCUUUGGCAUGCCGAAGCUGGUGGAGAACAUGGACCCCGAGAUGCGCGCCGAGUGGGAGGAGCGGCAGAAGGAGAACCCGAUGAACAGCAUCAUGGGCGCCGCCUCCGGGCAGAACGCGAAUCCGAUGGGCAAUUUUGAUAUGGCCGCUUUCUUGGCAGGGUCGGGAUCGGGGUCGAAUACGGCGGAGGAGGAGGGUGCGAAGGGCAAGAGCGAGGGCAAGAAGAAGAGGUAGUUGUGUUGAUACAGGAGUUGUAGGAAUACGAAGGGGUCAGUGGGCACAUACAAUAGAGUGUCUAUUUCUGAGUCUACGGACUAUCCAAAGGCAACCCUUGUAUGUGAGCCGCCAACGCGGCCGCCGGAAAGGGGGGAUUCAAAGCUACCUUGCCUACCGCACCCCCUUACACCAACGUCCGCACAUAUCCUCAACUUUUU